UCACACACAGAGAGAGACACACAGUGGAUUUUUCCUUGUUCUAAAUACUAAAGAGAAGCUUCUAAAAAAAAAGGCAAAAAUGUGCAGACCGUCUUCUUCUCACACUAAUCCCUUGUUCUCUUUCUCCUGUCUCCGCCGGUCAAAUCUUCUUCAAAAGUUUCAUUAACAGGGGUGGGAUGGCGAUGGCUCCGGCGGAGAUGGGUGGUGAUGAUACGUCCGGUGGAGAUACGGCUAGAUCCAUACCUACGCCGUUUUUGACAAAAACGUAUCAGUUAGUCGAAGAUCGCGCGAUUGACGACGUGAUUUCGUGGAAUGAAGACGGAUCUAGUUUUAUUGUCUGGAAUCCAACUGAGUUCGCUAGAGAUUUACUUCCAAAGUAUUUCAAGCACAAUAAUUUCUCGAGUUUUGUCCGCCAAUUGAAUACAUAUGGCUUUCGCAAGUUGGUGCCUGAUAGAUGGGAGUUCUCAAAUGAAUUCUUUAGAAGUGGAGAAAAACGCCUUCUUGGAGAUAUUCAGCGUCGAAAAGUAACGACGCCUGCGGCGGCUGCGGCGACCGUGACGAUCGCUGCGGUGGCGGUGCAGCCACUUCUGGCGUCUCCUUCAAACUCCAGCGAUGAACAAGUGAUUUCAUCGAAUUCGGCUCCAGUUCUUAUCAGGGAAUUAAGCAGCGGCGGAAAUUCCAUGGAGCUUAUGGACGAGAAUGAUAAACUGAGAAGAGAAAACGUACAACUGAACAAGGAACUGAACCAGAUGAAGAAUUUAUGUAGCAAUAUAUACGGGUUGAUGUCAAAUUACUCAAAUAAUCGUCCGGCCGAAACUUAUCCCCCAUCUCCAACAAAAGCGCUAGAUCUGAUGCCAUUAUCUAAUCAUCUCGACAACGGCGGCGGCGGCGGUGGAUGCGGCGGCGGCGAUGUGGGUAUGAAAGCAGAAGACAGCGGUUGUAGUAAUAGCCAUAAAUUGUUUGGAGUUCCGAUUAGUCUAAAGAAGAGAAUGAGGGAAAGGGAAGAUGAUGAUGAUGAACAACGAUUGAUGGGGGGUGGUGGAGGAGUGGAGAUGAAAUUGGAGCCGUUGGAUCGUCGGGAUGACUGAUGAGUUCUGUGGAUGGACGGAUGAGAUUGUAAGAUGGGGUUUAGGGGAAGGAUAAAAUCGAAAGAAAUGGACAGAUAAUAUGUGGGGCCGACUGUUACUGUUCCAAUUUUAGUAGAACCUUCUUUGUGGCCCAUAUUUCAGGAAGCUUCCCAUUUCUUCUUUUUCUUAUCUUAUUUAUUGUUGUCAUUAAAAACUAGAUAUAAUGACUUUUUCAUUUUCAAUAAUUAUUAUUAUUAACUGUU